UGUUGUAAAUAUUAUAAAACAUAUGAAUUUAUCAAGAACUUCACCCGGUAUGAAUGACGCACCAGGACUAUUAUAUGCUGGAUUCAAUCAAGAUUAUGGCUGUUUUGCCAUUGGACUCGAUACUGGAUUCCGAGUUUAUAAUUGUCACCCACUAAUUAAUCAAGCAAAAAAUGAAUCCGAGGAUGGAGGAAUUGGGCUUGUCGAAAUGCUAUAUCGCACAAAUUAUCUUGCACUUGUAGGUGGUGGGAGAAACCCUAGAUACCCGCCGAACAAAGUCAUUAUUUAUGAUAGCAUUAAAGCAAAACCUGUACUUGAGUUAGAAUAUAAAAGUGAAGUCAAGAAUGUAAAGCUUCGGAAGGACAGAUUGACGGUUGUUCUUCAGAAUAAAGUCUUUGUUUAUCACUUUAGUUUACCACCACAAUUAUUGCAUACAUUUGAGACAUGUGACAACGAAAAAGGCCUUGCUGCAGUAUCAACAUCAGCGAAUCAUGCAAUAUUAAUUAUUCCUGGAAGGCAAAAGGGGCAAUUACAAAUCAUUGAUUUAAACUCACUUGGUUAUUAUAUAUCCGUCGGCGAAUCAGACCACACCAAUAAUUAUAUUGGAUCCCCACAGUUACCACCUUUACUAACUUCUGACUCGUCAAAUUCUGCAAAUUCAUUGACUCAUAACAACAGUAACGGUAGUGCCAACGGUAGUAGCACGCGCAGAUCUAUCAAUGUCAGUAUUAUCCCUGCUCAUACCGGCAAACUCAGCUGUCUAUCGCUUAAUCAAGAAGGAUCAAGAUGUGCAACAACUAGCGAUAAAGGAACUUUAAUCCGAGUAUAUAAUACGGCUACAGGCUCACUAUUACACGAAUUAAGACGAGGUGUUGAUAGAGCAGAAAUUUAUGCAAUUGCAUUUAACCAAGAAUCUACCAGACUUUGUGUCUCCUCAGAUAAAGGCACCAUUCAUAUAUUUAAUUUAGAUCCGUCUGUAGUCACACACAUGGAUCAUAAGCCUCGUGGUCCUACGUAUGGUGAGGUUGUAUCUUAUCCAACGCAGUCACCAACAAACUACGGCCUAACCACUACAGGCAAUCGUGGAAGUGCUCUUAGUUUUAUGAAGGACCUUUUGCCAAAAUAUUUUAGCUCAGAAUGGAGUUUUGCAAACGCCAAAAUUCCUACGGAAAGUAGAUGUUUGGUUGCCUUUGGAGAGCAAAAAAACUCAAUCAUAGCUAUAUGUGCUGAUGGUACUUGUUACAAGUACUACUUUGAUCCUAGAAAGGGAGGUGAAUGUACCAGAGAAUCCUUCGAGAGAUUCUUGAAAGACUGAAUCACAUGCGUACAAUAGCUUUUGAUUACUAUUCCACUAUUUAUUCCUAUAAUAAAAAUCAGUAUCAUAGGCAUCUUUCAACUAAUUAUAUUUGUGAUGCCCAUGCGGUAUAUGUAUAAAUGAAA